GAAAAUGCAGUUGGUGCUUGGUAUUUGGAAAACGGAUAAAAGUGUGGGAUAAAUCCGCGAAACUGCUCUUAUCUAUACAUUUCUCUCCCAACCCUUAAACCUCCAUCCAUAUUCAACAAAUCUCUUGAAGAAGAGAUGGCCACUGUUUCUUCAUCUUCCUUUGUAAUUUCUCCAAAUUUCCUUCAAGAAUCCACUAAACCCUUCAAAACUAAUCUCUUAAAGCUCAAUUUCCAGCCGCACAAGCCACAGUCUCUCCCUCUAAAAUUUACUCACAGAAGACUCAAUGCAGUGGCGGAGGACACUUCUGUCGCCACGGCGGACCCCUCAUCUGUGGCGGCCAGAAGAUUGUACGUCGGAAACAUCCCCAGAACUGUCAAGAACGAUGAGCUCCAGAAAAUCGUCGAAGAACACGGUGCCGUCGAGAAGGCCGAGGUUAUGUAUGACAAAUACUCUGGGAGAAGCAGGCGAUUUGCAUUUGUGACGAUGAAGACUGUUGAGGAUGCUGCUGCUGCUGCUGAGAAAUUAAACGGCACACAAAUUGGAGGGCGUGAAGUAAAAGUAAAUAUAACCGAGAAACCACUGCAAACAUUGGAAUCAUCAUCACUUCUGCAAGCCGAGGAUUCUCAGUUUGUUGACAGUCAAUACAAGGUUUAUGUGGGGAAUCUUGCAAAGACAGUAACUUCGGACUCGCUAAAAGCCUUCUUUGCGGAGAAGGGAAAUGCUCUCAGUGCAAAAGUAUCUAGAGUUCCCGGGACUUCAAAAUCCAGUGGCUAUGGCUUUGUUACAUUUGCUUCAGAAGAAGAUGUGGAUGCUGCCAUAUCAUCUCUUAAUAACGCGGUGUUUGAAGGACAGAAAAUCCGGGUUAAUAAGGCGUAGCAUUGUUCGUUUGCGCUAGGAGGAGUGAAUUGUACUGCUUGGGGCAUCUUCCUAAAGGAACAGGACCUGGUAUGAAAUUAAACUUAUGAUCAAUAGGAAGUGAAUGGUAACACCGUACCUGCUUCUUUCAUCGUCUACUUAUGCGAUGUGUUGCAAUCCUCGUGCUCCGACUCCGUGGUGAUUCAUGUUCGGUAGAGGUUCAAGUUUCUGAACAUGCUUUUGAGCUGCCUAAGUUUAUGUUAUUUGUUUUGCAAUGGAGAAUUUUUGGUACAUGAGUUUUGUAUGUAGUUCAAUUCCCCUUCGAUUCUCUGUUUUCCAUUAGUUUGCAUUCUCAAAGAUCUUGCCAUAUGGAAAAUGGUUCAUUAUUA